AUGGCUGAACAAAUAUCGCAUAAAAAGUCCUUGAAACGGGUGGACAAUGAGAAGAGGAAGCGGUUGAAAGAGUAUUACGGGUUGAAGAAGAAUGGGGGCGAUGCUGAGAGGGAUUCCGGGGUUUCUGGAGCAGGCUCAGAGAAUGCUGACUCGAGCGGAGUCGGGGAAUCUUCGGAAAAUGUUUCUGAGAGUCGAUUGGCGACGCCUGAAGAGAAUUCGACUGGCAAGGAAGAAGAUAUCAAGGCGGAAUUAGAGAAUGGGAACGUUGAUAUCAAGACACGGAGUUUGAAAGAGUUGCUCCAGAUACAAAAUGUUCUCCUUGCCGAGGAAACGGAGGCUGAUAACACGAUUAAAAACACGAUAUAUGAUAACUACUAUGAUUUGAUCAAAGUGGACGAUAUUUUAAGGGAAAUGAGCCAGCUGAACAGUGGCAUUGUGGAUGAACUCCGAGAAACAUGCACUAUGGCGCAGUCUUUAAUGAAGCAGUGA